GCACGGCCGUGUGAAAGUACGAACAUCAGAGGAAGAGAAAGCCCGCAAAGAAAAGGAGCGUCAAGAAAAGCUUAAAAUUUUCAAACAUGCUAUGCAAAAAAUCAAGUUUAUGAGAAAAGAAGGUAAAUUGGAUAAUGAACUGUUGGAGCUGACAGGAAAAGUUUUAUCCUCUAAUCCAGAUAUUUACACUUUGUGGAAUAUAAGAAGAGAAAUCCUCAUUGUUUUUGAGUAAGCUAAUUAUCUUUCAAUUACUUUUAAAAGUAUGAUAUUUGAAAUAAAUUAAAUAUCUUCUUUUAAAUAUUUAAUUUUAAUCAUAAAAGGAUUUUAUUUCAGAAAAGAUGAAAACAUGCAAAAGAGCAUGCCAAAUUUAUAUGAUUCUGAACUGCAAUUAACUGAAUAUUGUUUGAAAGUAAACCCAAAAUCAUAUGGAUCUUGGCAUCAUCGACAAUGGGUUCUAAUAACUCGUCCUGAUCCUGAUUGGAAAACUGAGCUGAAUUUGUGUAACAAAUAUUUGAAGAUGGAUGAACGAAACUUUCAUACUUGGCACUAUCGAAGUUUUGUUGUCAGCAAAUGCCAGCCAUCACUGAAAGACGAAUUUGAUUUCACCACUGAAAAGUUAUUAGAUAAUUUUUCUAAUUACUCUGCCUGGCAUUAUCGUAGUAAAAUGCUAGUUGAAUUAUAUCCUGACGUUAAAGGAGGAAGACCUAUAGAGGACAGCCAUCACAAACAUGAGUUGAAAAUGGUUCAAAGUGCAGCAUUCACAGAUCCUGAUGAUACUAGUGCUUGGUUCUAUCAAAGGUGGUUAUUAGGUGCAGUAAAAAAUAAUGUUGACUUAGCAGUUAUAUCUGUGACACCUUCGAAUACUUCUUUAGCAUUCAGUCAGUAUGUUUCCAAAGAUUUUGUAAAUAGUAAAAUAGAAAUCAUUAUAAAUGAUUUGCCAGUAAGUGGUGAGUGGCUAUCUUGCAUAGGAAACCAGUAUGAUAACUUAUGGAUCUUCAAACAUAAUGUAUUGAUAGAAGAUGGUUUAGAUAUCAAGGUUCAAUAUGAAAUAGAAAAUGGACAAAAGCAAGUUCUCUCUUGUGUACCAAUUAAACCAUUUACCUACGUUGGCCGGAAUAAAGUGAACUUUCAGAAACAUUAUUCAGUACCUGUACUAAAUGAAUUAAAGGAUCAAUUAGAAUCGUGUCGUCAAUUACUUGCUAUGGAGCCUGAUAAUAAAUGGACACUUUUAACAACUACAGUGUUUUUGAAUUGCAUCAAUGCAAAACUUUAUCAUACUGAAGUUAUAGAUAAUUUAAAAACUUUAAAAAGUAUAGAUAAAUUACGUGCUGGGUAUUAUGAAGACUUAAAAACUAAAUGGUGUAUUGAAAACCAGCUGUACAAAGAUUAUGAAAAUGGCGAGCUUGUGUUUAAAGUGAAUUUCGGUGAGAAAAUAUCGUGCCUUCCGCAUCUACAAUACUAUAGUCAUUGUGAAAAGGUUGACUUGUCCAAUCAAAAUUUGACAUCUAAAGUUUUGCCAUCUUUGAUAGUAUUACAAAACUGCAAGUGCUUAUCAUUAAAAAAUAACAAAUUAACAUCUCUGAGAGGUUUCCCAAGUCUGGCAUUGGAAGAAUUAGAUUUACAGGGUAAUGAUCUAGAUAUAAAUGAAGUAAACAGAAUAAGAGAAGUUUUUAAAGGUAACAUAAUAUUUUAGUAGGUAAUUGCUUUUAAUAGGUUACAUUGUGUUAUGCACAUCUGACUUUAUAAAACUCGAUUUUAAACCUUAAUGCAUUAAUAGUAGAGUCGAAUUCCAUUGCUGUUUGACAUAUUGUUUUACCCGCAAGGGUUGAGACAGCAUGUCUAAUUUCUGCAAUUAAAAGCCUUGUGUAACUUCAAUAAAUUAUGUACAUUAUAUCAUUGGUAUGAAAAUAUGUUACCAAUUAUUUCAUUCUUAUUAAUUCUAAUCUGAUAUUAAUUUAAUAUAAUAAUUUUAAUUGUAACUGAACACAUCCUAUGUAACACAUAUAUGUAAUAACUAAAUAAGUUGUUAUUUUAUUAUUAUUAUAUGUAUAAGAUGCAGAAACCUUGAUUUUUAUCACACUCUGUAAGAAUGUAGAGUCCUAUAAGUACACAUUAGCGCCACAGUCUUAUAAUUUAAUCUUCUUUUUGAUCGUUUGAAAACCAACAUGUACAGUCGAACAGCACACCAUUUUAUACAAAACUCAAAUUGCAUUUGAUUUAACUUAUUGAAGGUAGUCCAAAAUAUGUUACUUAAUUUUGUUGUUACCUGAUAUCCUGCUGUGUCCUGAAAUAUUAUAAAUUGAAAUCUAUAUCAAUACCACAAGAAAUAAGUUAAGCUUGCAGUCAACAUCUGGGGGGGAGGGGGGGGGGGGGACACUAUCCUACCCUACUCCUAACCAUCGGUUCGUUUAUGUUAUCAGUUGGGAUUUGUCAUCAUAAAAAUAAAAAUGUUUGGUUAGAGUAGUCGCCCGAAUUACGAAAGGUCAUGGGUUUGAGUUCCAUCUCAAGAGUGCCAUGGCCAAAGUAAAUUUUUAAAAAUAUUUUUCAUUAAAAAUAUAAACAGUGCAGUUGAAAUCUAUAAAAAUAUAAUGUUAGUAUAGAUACUAAAUAUAUUAAUCACAUUUCGACUGUGGCACUAGCGUGCCUUAAGGAUUGAAUUCUGCAUUUAUCAAACUUUUACAUGUAUAUUUAACAAUAAAGCUACGCUUGCACUGGUGACUUUUGUCAUCGUUAUCUUUUGUUUAUCACUGCCUGUCAUUUAAAUGGAAAUAAGUUAAUAGAGUAUUUAACACUAUUUAAAAAUAAGUUGCGUAUUAAGGUCUAACAGGAGAACCUACAUGACUUGAUAAUUCUUAGAA